AUGGGGUGGCUUGUGUUGAUCUGUCUCGCUGCUUCAACUAUUCUGAGUGUCACUGAUGCUCUGGCUGGUAACCAUGUCAGCAGCAUUUGCAGCACUUGGGGCAGAAAGCAUUUCAAGACAUUUGAUGGUGAGGUGUUUCAGUUCCCCGGUUUGUGUGAAUAUAACCUUGUGUCUGACUGCCACGAGUCCUACCAGGAGUUCUCAGUACACCUGAACAGAGCAGAGGGAUCAGACGGGAUCUCUACUGUCGAAUAUGUUGUGGUGGUCAUUAAUGAUCUGUCAAUACACCUCGACAAAGAUCAAGUCACUGUCAAUGAUAUUUUAGUGACAAUGCCAUACUUUAGAGGAGGAGUUAAAUUGGAACAAAACAGUGUCUACAUUAAACUUGAGUCUUCUGUUGGAAUUGUUGUCUUCUGGAACAGAGAUGAUGCCGUUAUGGUUGAAGUAGAUCCUGAAUAUGCCAACCGCACUUGUGGCUUGUGUGGAGAUUAUAAUGGUAUAUCCAUCCGGAAUGAAUUCAUUCAUAAUGGACGUAUACUUAGCCCUAUUGAGUUUGGCAACAUGCACAAAGUCCAUCGUCCAAAUGAUGAUUGUGAAGAUCCUUAUGAAGAAGAUGAACAACUACUGGAAACAACACCAGAUUCAUGCAAGGAGUUUGAAAACAUCUGUGCUCAGGCACUAAAUUCAGAUAAGUGGAGCUCCUGUACGACCCUUAUCAACCCUGAGCAAUACAUCAAGGCCUGUGCUCAGGACAUGUGCUACUGUCCCAACAAAACCAAUAACAUCUGCAUCUGCAGCACACUAUCUGAGUUCUCUCGACAGUGCUCACAUGCAGGAGGACAGCCUCCCAACUGGAGAACACCUGAGUUCUGUGCUAAAAGUUGCCCCUACAACAUGGUCUAUAAAGAGAGCAGUUCACCAUGUCUGGACACAUGCACUAACCAGGACACUAGUUCACUGUGUGAGGACCACAGAAUGGAUGGAUGCAUCUGUCCUCUUGGCACUGUCUUUGAUGAUAUUUCCAUGAAAGGGUGCAUAAGUCAAACUGAAUGUCAGUGCAAACAUGACCGAAUCUACAAUCCUGGAGAACUUUACAGACAAGACACUAAGGAAUGUACAUGUCUUGGUGGUACAUGGGCAUGUAAAGACAUUCAAAGGCUUGCUACAUGUGCUGUGGAGGAGGGCUCUCAUAUAACAACUUUUGAUGGAAAAACAUAUACUUUUCAUGGGAGCUGUUUCUACACUUUAGCCAGAGAUAAUGUGAGCCCUAAUUUUACAGUUUUGGCUCAGCUAAUGCCAUGUGCACACCAACAGUAUGACACUUGUCUUAAGUCCAUCAAGAUCCUGUUGAACAACGAUAGAAACAAUGUGCUAGUAUUCACAUAUGACGGGUUAGUUAAGUACAACAUGCAAACCAUAACUUUACCUUACAAUUCAGGUAACAUCAACAUUUUCCAAGCUUCAUCUUUCCACAUCAUCCUACAGAGCAGCUUUGGUUUGCAAAUCCAAAUCCAACAUGUGCCUAUAAUGCAGAUCUAUGUCAGACUUUCACAAAGCUACAAAGCAAAGACCAGAGGUUUAUGUGGGAACUUUAACAUGAUCUUGUCCGAUGACACGAAAACGCCUCAGGGCAUUGUGGAAGGAGCAGCAGUAGUAUUUGCCAACUCGUGGAAAACAAAUUUUAUGUGUGAAGAUGGAGUGGAGAGACUGGAUGACCCAUGUGCACUUAGUUUGGAAAAUGAAAAGUAUGCUAAGCACUGGUGUGGCUUGUUGCGAAGUUCAAAUGGUUCCUUUGCCCAGUGCCACUCAGAAGUUGAUCCUGAUCUGUACUAUAAGAGAUGUACAUAUGCCACCUGUAAUUGUGAGAAGAGUGAGGCCUGUCUCUGUGCUGCCUUGUCCUCUUAUGUUAGAGCUUGUGCAGCUAAAGGGAUAUUUCUGAAUGACUGGAGAGACCAUGUUUGCGAGAAAUACUCCCAGAGCUGCCCAGAAUCACAGACAUUUUCCUACAAUCAUCACCGGUGUCAGCUCACAUGCAGAUCAUUGAGCUCAAACCAACAGAGCUGUACGAAUGACUUUUUACCUGUUGAUGGGUGCUCCUGUGCUGAGGGUUUGUUCCUGGAUGACAAUGGCUUAUGUGUCCCUGUUGAGAAAUGCCCCUGCCAUUACAAUGACCUCACCAUCAAAUCAGGAAAAUCGAUUAACAUCAAAGAGGAACACUGUGUUUGCACCAGUGGAGUCCUUCACUGCCGUUCAUGGAAAAUCCGCUCUCGGACCUGUGCUCCUCCAAAGGUGUACAUUAACUGCUCCACUACAGAAAUGGGACAGGUUGGAGCCCAGUGUGCUCUGUCGUGUUUAAACCUGGAGAACAAUGAAUGUAGCUCUACAGAGUGUGAAGCUGGCUGUCAGUGUCCUAUUGGCCUCUUAGACGAUGGCAGGGGUUCUUGUGUGAAAGAACAUGAUUGUCCAUGUCAGCAUGAUGGCCACUUCUAUGUGUCUGGCACCAAGAUCCCUAAAGACUGCAACACUUGUACAUGCAAAAGUGGAAAAUGGGAGUGUACAAAUAACAAAUGCCCAGCAACAUGCGUCAUUUAUGGGAGUGGUCACUAUUCAACAUUUGACCAGAAAACAUAUGGGUUCAGUGGAAACUGUCCAUAUGUUGCUGUUAAAAACAAUUGUAACAACAAAACUGAAGAAAAUUACUUUGGCGUAGUGACUGAGAAUGUUCCAUGUGGGAGUACAGGCACAACAUGUUCCAAAACUGUCCGAAUCCAGCUUGGGAGUACAGAAAUUAAACUGUCAAAGGGUAAACAUGAACAGCUGGAUCUGGGUCGUGGCUCUUACCUUAAUUACAGAAUAAGACAUGUGGGCUUGUACAUUGUUGUUGAGUGUGACAUUGGUCUUGCUGUCAUGUGGGAUCGCAAAACAACAGUCAGGAUUCUCCUUGAACCACAGCAUGUUGGUGUGGUUUGUGGAUUGUGUGGAGAUUUUGAUGGCGAUGCAGGAAAUGACUUUACCACCCAAGGCCACCUGCUAGUUAGCAGUGCUAUAGAGUUUGCUAACAGCUGGAAAGUGCACAGCAGCUGUCCAGAUGCAGAGGAGAACAUUGAUCCAUGUGCAGUUGCCCCUAAUCGACAACCCUGGGCUAAGCUUAUGUGUGGCAUCAUAAAAGGAGAUACAUUCAAAGACUGCCACCAAAAGGUGCCCUAUCAAGAGUAUUAUGAAAACUGUGUACGGGACUCAUGUGCCUGUAACACAGGAGGAGACUGUGAGUGUUACUGUUCAGCAGUUGCAGCGUAUGCACAAGCUUGCAGUGAGGCUGGAGUGUGUGUGGCUUGGAGGACUCCAGAUAUCUGCCCUGUUUAUUGUGAUUACUACAAUGGCCCAGUAAAUUGCACCUGGCACUAUAGCCCUUGUCACACUCCAUGCUAUAAGACCUGUCUGUAUCCAGAAGGAUGCACUAACCCUUUACCAGAAUUGGAAGGCUGUUAUCCAAAAUGUCCUGAAGAUAAGCCUAUAUUUGAUGAAGUAAAGGGAGAGUGUGUUGAAGAAUGUAUAGAAAUACCUACCACAACACCAACAUCUACUACAACUACUACUCAAACUACAACCCAAACGCCCACCACAACUACAACCCCAACCACUACAACACCUACAACUACAACCCCAACCACUACAACACCUACAACUACAACCCCAACCACUACAACACCUACAACUACAACCCCAACCACUACAACACUACAACAACUACUACUCAAACUACUACCCAAACGCCACAACCACAACUACAACACUACAACUACAACACCUACAACUACAACCCCAACCACUACAACACUACAAACUACAACAACCACUACAACACCACAACUACAACCCAACCACUACAACACCUACAAACUAACUACAACCCCAACCACUACAACACCUACAACAACUACUACUCAAACUACUACCCAAACGCCCACCACAACUACACCAACCACUACAACUACAACAACUACAACUACUGCAACACCUACAACUUGCAUACCCACCUGUGAGUGGACGGACUGGUAUAACGUUCAUAACCCAGCCACCGACAAAAGUGACUGGGAGACAUAUAAAAACAUUACAGACAGCGGUCAUUACAUAUGUGAUUCACCUUGGGAGAUUGACUGCAGAGCGGCCCUUUAUCCAGACAAGGACUUUGAGGAAUUUGUGAAUGAAACACAGCAAGUGGUCACCUGUAAUGUCUCCUAUGGAUUGAUCUGCAGACAAGAAGAACAACUUCCUCAUAGGAAGUGUCAAGACUAUGAGAUCAGAGUGUGCUGUAAGAUCUGUCCGACUACUACAACUUCUACCACGACACCAACAACUACCACAACCCGCCCUACUACUACCACUACCACCACAACCCCAACCACUACAACUACAACACCUACAACUACAACCCCAACUAGUACAACACCUACAACUACAACCCCAACCACUACAACACCUACAACAACUACUACUCAAACUACUACCCAAACGCCCACCACAACUACAACCCCAACCACUACAACAACAACACCUACAACUACAACCCCAACCACUACAACACCUACAACUACAACCCCAACCACUACAACACCUACAACAACUACUACUCAAACUACUACCCAAACGCCCACCACAACUACAACCCCAACCACUACAACUACAACAACUACAACCCCAACUACUACAACCCCUACAACUACUCCAACACCACCUACAACAACUACUACUCAAACUACUACCCAAACGCCCACCACAACUACAACCCCAACUUGCAUACCCACCUGUGAGUGGACGGACUGGUAUAACGUUCAUAACCCAGCCACCGACAAAAGUGACUGGGAGACAUAUAAAAACAUUACAGACAGCGGUCAUUACAUAUGUGAUUCACCUUGGGAGAUUGACUGCAGAGCGGCCCUUUAUCCAGACAAGGACUUUGAGGAAUUUGUGAAUGAAACACAGCAAGUGGUCACCUGUAAUGUCUCCUAUGGAUUGAUCUGCAGACAAGAAGAACAACUUCCUCAUAGGAAGUGUCAAGACUAUGAGAUCAGAGUGUGCUGUAAGAUCUGUCCGACUACUACAACUUCUACCACGACACCAACAACUACCACAACCCGCCCUACUACUACAACUACAACACCUACAACUACUGCAACACCACCUACAACAACUACUACUCAAACUACUACCCAAACGCCCACCACAACUACAACCCCAACCACUACAACAACAACAACUACAACCCCAACCACAACAACACCUACAACUACAACCCCAACUACUACUACACCUACCACAACUACUACAACCCCAACCACUACAACUACAACAACUACAACCCCAACCACUACAACACCUACAACUACAACCCCAACCACUACAACACCUACAACAACUACUACUCAAACUACUACCCAAACGCCCACCACAACUACAACCCAAACCACUACAACUCCUACAACUACAACCCCAACUACUACAACACCUACAACUACAACCCCAACCACUACAACACCUACAACAACUACUACUCAAACUACUACCCAAACGCCCACCACAACUACAACCCCAACCACUACAACUACAACAACUACAACUACUGCAACACCUACAACUUGCAUACCCACCUGUGAGUGGACGGACUGGUAUAACGUUCAUAACCCAGCCACCGACAAAAGUGACUGGGAGACAUAUAAAAACAUUACAGACAGCGGUCAUUACAUAUGUGAUUCACCUUGGGAGAUUGACUGCAGAGCGGCCCUUUAUCCAGACAAGGACUUUGAGGAAUUUGUGAAUGAAACACAGCAAGUGGUCACCUGUAAUGUCUCCUAUGGAUUGAUCUGCAGACAAGAAGAACAACUUCCUCAUAGGAAGUGUCAAGACUAUGAGAUCAGAGUGUGCUGUAAGAUCUGUCCCACAACUACAACCCCAACCACUACAACACCUACAACUACAACCCCAACCACUACAACACCUACAACAACUACUACUCAAACUACUACCCAAACGCCCACCACAACUACAACCCCAACCACUACAACUACAACAACUACAACCCCAACUACUACACCUACAACUACUGCAACACCACCUACAACAACUACUACUCAAACUACUACCCAAACACCCACCACAACUACAACCCCAACCACUACAACUACAACACCUACAACUACAACACCUACACCUACAACAACUACUACUCAAUCUACUACCCACACACACACCACAACUACAACCCCAACCACUACAACUACAACACCUACAACUACAACCCCAACCACUACAACACCUACAACUACAACCCCAACUACUACAACUACACCAACUGUUACAUCAUCCACUGUGAGUAGCACCACACCAUGUUUCUGCAUCUUCAACGGGAAACAUUACACGCCAGUGUGUUUGCCAAGUGCCACUCGUUUGUGUCACCGGACAGAUUCUAUCAGGGUUGUGUUUUUGACAGCUGUCAUGUUGCCAAUCCAGCAGUUGAAUGCACAAGUCUACAGACGUAUGCUGCUGCCUGUGCCCAGGCAGGAGUUUGUCUGCACUGGAGGAAUCAUACCACACUUUGUGCCUGGAUUACCUGUACCUGGAGUGGUCCAAUGUCAGGACUGUUCCUGCACCAAUAAGGUGGACCCACGCACUGGUGUGGAGAGGGGAAAAGCUUGCAAAUUGAUGUCUAUGAGAACUGUUGUCACUCACAAAGACUGCCAGUCUUCAGAGGCAAUAGAAAUACCAUACUGUGAAGGCUCUUGCAACACUUUCACCAAGUACUCCGCCGAAGCAGCCCACAUGCAGCACUCGUGUGCCUGCUGUAAAGAGACUCGCUUCAGCAACCGCACCGUGGACCUUCUCUGUCUGAACGGUGAUGUGGUUCAUCACUCGUACAUCCAUGUGGAGGAGUGUGGCUGUGCCGACACAGACUGCACCAGAGCUGCCCCACUGGGGCGCAGGAGAAGAAGCAUCUCAUUGUGCAGGACCAUGAGAACAGGAACUAUGUGGUUCCUACCAUGGCUCACUGUGGGGUUUGGACUCGCCGUGGCAGAUAUGUAUGAGAUGUACAUGCCAGUGGCUACACAGAUCCCAAUUAUCAGAGAUGUAAAGGCUUCUCACAACCCAAUCUGUAGUACUUGGGGAAACCACCAUUUUAAGACCUUCGAUGGAGAUUUUUUCCAGCUGCCAUUUGCCUGCAACUAUGUCUUUACGUCUCAUUGUAAAAACAACUAUGAGACUUUUAACAUUCAGCUGGAGCGAAACAGGAAUCUACAGAAGCCCAGUCUUCAAAAAGUUGAGAUGAAACUGAAUGGUGUCAAUGUGGAACUGUACAAAAACUCAAUCAAGGUCAAAGAUCAGCCGGUCACAGUGCCACACAGUGAGGAUGGAAUUUCAAUCAAAAAAGAGCGAGCCUAUAUAAAGAUUGAGGCAGAGUUGGGACUGGUGGCUUACUGGAAUGAAGAGGAUGCUUUCUGGGUUGAGUUAAAACCAAAAUUUCAAAAUCAAACUUGUGGUCUGUGUGGUGACUUCAAUGGAAUACGGAGUGAGCUCAUCAGUGCAGAAACGGGGAUGUCCUUGACUCCUGAAAGCUAUGGACAAACCUGGAAGAUAGAUGGCCCAAAUAACAAGUGCAAGGAAAUCCAGUCCCCAGACAUGAAGCUAUGUGACACCAAGGGUGAUUUUUGUGCAAAUGUCCUAUCAGAGUUUCCCUUUCGCACCUGUACUGAUCUGGUUGACACAGAGUCAUUCAUUCAAGCCUGUGAAAAGGACCAAUGCCAUAAUAAAAACCACAACAGCAGCUCCCUGUGUGCAACUCUGUCUGAGUUCUCCCGUCAGUGUGCCCAUGCAGGGGGUCAGCCUGGCAACUGGAGGAGGAGCACCCAGUGUGGAGCUAGCUGUUCUCACAACAUGGAGUACAGAGAGUGUGGUAGCCCCUGUAAGAACACCUGUCGCUAUCCAGAGAGCAGCAAAAUGUGUACCCAGCACUGCAUAGAUGGAUGUUUUUGUCCAUUAGGCACUGUCUGGGAUGACAUUACCAGUAAAGGCUGUAUUCCACUCUCUUCAUGUUCCUGUGAACACAAAGGCGAGCCCCGGAACUCAUACUCAGAAAACUGUAAAACAUGCACAUGCAUUAAUGGAAAGUGGGAAUGUACAGAUAAAGAGUGUCCUGUUGUCUGUUCCAUUCUGGGCGGCUCUCAUGUGUCCACAUUUGAUGAUAAAACCUAUACCUUUCAUGGAGAGUGCUCCUACACCUUGGCAAAGGAAUCCAAUGGGACAUUUAGUAUUGUUGGUGAUCUUUAUAAAUGUGGAAAAUCUGAUCAUUCUACAUGUCUGUCCUCUGUCUCAGUGCAGAUGCCAAAAACCUUGCUGACUAUUGAAGACCGUCGCGUUACUUUUAAUAAACAACCUUCCAAACUUCCUCUUGUAAUGGAUGAGGUGACAGUGUUUCAGCCAUCCAACUUCUACAUAGUAGCUUACACCAUCUAUGGGAUUACUCUUGAAAUACAGAUUGAACCAUUUAUGCAGAUCUACAUUAAAUCAUCAAGAACCAAUAAAGGAAAACUAAGAGGUCUUUGUGGAAAUUUUAACGAUGACAGUGGUGAUGACUUUACACCUCCAAAUGGACCUCCCGAAGGAAUACCUGAGAUGUUUGGCAACAAAUGGAAGGCUGACCAAAACUGCAAAGAUGUGGACAUUGUACAGGGGAAACCUUGUGAUUUGAGUAUAGACAGAGAGAAAUUUGCUAACCAGUGGUGCGGGUUGCUGACAGACCCAGAAAGUGUUUUUUCUAAAUGCCACCAGACAAUUAGCCCAGAUUACUACAAGCAGACUUGCAUUUAUGACACCUGUGCAUCUGAAAAUAGUGAGAAGGCUUUAUGUGCUGCCAUUUCCUCUUAUGUCUUUGCUUGUGCAGCUGCCGGAGUUAAAGUGAAAGAUUGGAGGGAACAAGUGUGCCAAAGCUACACAAAAGGUUGCCCUACAACUUUUGUGUAUGACUACCAGAUGACUAGCUGUGGUCGUACCUGUCGCCACCUCAGUGAGCCUGACCCAGCAUGUAGCAUCAGCUUCACUUCCGUUGAUGGCUGUGGCUGCCCUGAGGGAGAGUACCUGUCUGACAAUGAUGAAUGUGUGUCUGCCUCCGAAUGUCCCUGUUAUGAUGGAGAUAAAAUUUGGCAUAAUGGACAGUAUACAACAUCAAAGAAUGGAUUGGAAAGAAGAUGCAAAUGCAAAAAUGGAAGACUUGAAUGUGAAGGGAAAAAAAAGGGCCAUCCAGGGAGAUCAGAAUGCAAACCUCCCAUGCAUUUUUUCAAAUGCGAUAAAGCCAAUCCAAGUGCAAGAGGAGUAGAGUGCCAAAAGACAUGUCAAACACUCGACAACAAUUGUAUGAGUAAACGUUGUGAGUCAGGCUGUGUGUGUCCCCCUGGUCUAGUGAAUAAUGGAAAAGGGAAUUGCAUCAAGGAGAAAGACUGCCCUUGCACGCACGGAGGUGUUGAGUAUGAGCGUGGAGAGACAAUCAAAGUGGACUGCAAUACCUGCACCUGCCAAGGUCGAGAAUGGGACUGCACUGAUGAAGUGUGUGAUGGUAUCUGCACUCUCUAUGGAGAAGGCAAUUACAUCACAUUUGACCAAAGGAGGUUCUUUUUCAGGGGACACUGUAACUACAUUUUUGCACAGGAUUAUUGUGAAAAUAAUGGGAAAGGCACUUUCAGAGUUUUGAUUAGGAACCACCCAUGUGAAUCAUCAGAGGGUGACUGCUUCACAGUAAACCUAUUUCUAGGGAACAACACAAUUGAACUUGGAGAAGAAAGUGUCAAAAUACCUGAAAGAACAGAAGAGGAAAUACCAUAUAAGAUCCACGUAGUUGGCAUUUAUCUUGUAAUUGAGGCCAAAAAUGGCAUUGUGCUUAUGUGGAAUAAGAAAACAACACUCAUGAUGAAACUUAAAUCUGCAUUCAAGGGAAAAGUAUGUGGUCUUUGUGGAAAUUUUGAUGGAAACAUAAAUACAGAAUUGAUCUCCAGAUCAAAUGACAAUCUGAUGACGGCGACUGAUUUUGGAAACAGCUGGAAAAUGUUACCAACUUGUGAAGAUGCAAAGCCAUUAAAUAGUUCCUGUGAUCUAUACUCACAUAGGCACGCAUGGGCAAAACACUGCAGCAUCAUACUCAGCUCUGUUUUCAAGGAAUGCCAUAAACGGGUUGAACCUCAAGAAUAUUAUGAUUCCUGUGAGAAAGACACUUGUGGGUGCAGUACAGGAGGUGACUGUGACUGUUUCUGCUCUGCUGUUGCUGCUUAUGCUGCAGCAUGUAACAAAGCAGGAGUGUGUGUGAAAUGGAGAACCCCCACUAUCUGCCCUCUGUUCUGUGAUUACUACAACUCUGAUGGACAUUGUGAAUGGCACUAUGAGCCUUGCGGAACAAUUUGUAUGAAAACAUGCAAGAAUCCCUCUGGAGAGUGUUACAAUGAAAUUCCAGCAUUAGAAGGCUGCUAUCCACAUUGCCCUGAAGACAGACCGUAUUUGGAUGAAGAUGAUAUGAAGUGCAAGUCAGAAUGUGGGGUGACUACCACUACCACUACUAUUCCUCCUACUACUCCUAUUACUACUCCUUCCACGACUACUACCACUACUCCUACUCCUACUACUACUCCUUCCACGACUACAACCACUACUCCUACUCCUACUACUACUCCUUCCACUACUACUACCACUACUCCUACCACUACUCCUACCACUACCUCUACUACUACACCUACCACUACCACUACUCCUACUACUACCUCUACUACUACACCUACCACUACCACUACUCCUACCACUACUACUACUCCUACCACUACACCUACCACUACCACUACUCCUACCACUACUCCUACCACUACUUCUACCGUCUCAACCACAACAACUUGCUCUGAUCUCAAAUGUUAUUGGACAAAAUGGAAAAAUGAUAACUAUCCUGAUGAUGGAUUGAGUGACGGUGAUCACGAAACAUUACCAAAUAUUACAAAUACAGAUGUGGAACAGUAUUGCAGUAAAGACCUUGAAAUACAGUGCAGAGAUAAAGAAACUCAAAAAACAGCAGAAGAGGCAGAUCAAAAAGUUACAUGCAAUGUUAGUGUUGGCCUGAUCUGUAAUAACAAUGAGCAGGAUCUAGUACCAAAAUGUUAUGACUAUGAAAUACGUGUUGGGUGUUGUGUUUGUCCAACAACUCCCUCACCUACCCCUACUACUACUCCUACUACUACCACUACUACUCCUUCCACUACCCCUACUACUACACCUACCACUACCACUUCCAUUACCCCUACUACUACUCCUACCACUACCACUACUCCUACCACUACUACUACUCCUACCACUACCAUUACUUCUACCACUACUCCUACUCCUUCCACUACCCCUACUACUACACCUACCACUACUACUACUCUGACCACUACUACUACUCCUAUUACUACCUCUACUACUACACCUACCACUACCACUACUCCUACCACUACUACUACUACUCCUACUACUACUCCUACCUCUACUCCUACCACUACUACUACUCCUACCACUACUUCUACCGUCUCAACCACAACAACUUGCUCUGAUCUCAAAUGUUAUUGGACAAAAUGGAAAAAUGAUAACUAUCCUGAUGAUGGAUUGAGUGACGGUGAUCACGAAACAUUACCAAAAUAUUACAAAUACAGAUGUGGAACAUGUUGGGUGUUGUGUUUGUCCAACAACUCCCUCACCUACCCUACUACUACUCCUACUACUACCACUACUACUCCUUCCACUACCCCUACUACUACACCUACCACUACCACUUCCAUUACCCCUACUACUACUCCUACCACUACCACUACUCCUACCACUACUACUACUCCUACCACUACCAUUACUUCUACCACUACUCCUACUCCUUCCACUACCCCUACUACUACACCUACCACUACUACUACUCUGACCACUACUACUACUCCUAUUACUACCUCUACUACUACACCUACCACUACCACUACUCCUACACCCACUACUACUACUCCUACCACUACUUCUACCGUCUCAACCACAACAACUUGCUCUGAUCUCAAAUGUUAUUGGACAAAAUGGAAAAAUGAUAACUAUCCUGAUGAUGGAUUGAGUGACGGUGAUCACGAAACAUUACCAAAUAUUACAAAUACAGAUGUGGAACAGUAUUGCAGUAAAGACCUUGAAAUACAGUGCAGAGAUAAAGAAACUCAAAAAACAGCAGAAGAGGCAGAUCAAAAAGUUACAUGCAAUGUUAGUGUUGGCCUGAUCUGUAAUAACAAUGAGCAGGAUCUAGUACCAAAAUGUUAUGACUAUGAAAUACGUGUUGGGUGUUGUGUUUGUCCAACAACUCCCUCACCUACCCCUACUACUACUCCUACUACUACCACUACUACUCCUUCCACUACCCCUACUACUACACCUACCACUACCACUUCCAUUACCCCUACUACUACUCCUACCACUACCACUACUCCUACCACUACUACUACUCCUACCACUACCAUUACUUCUACCACUACUCCUACUCCUUCCACUACCCCUACUACUACACCUACCACUACUACUACUCUGACCACUACUACUACUCCUAUUACUACCUCUACUACUACACCUACCACUACCACUACUCCUACCACUACUACUACUACUCCUACUACUACUCCUACCUCUACUCCUACCACUACUACUACUCCUACCACUACUCCUACCACUACUUCUACCGUCUCAACCACAACAACUUGCUCUGAUCUCAAAUGUUAUUGGACAAAAUGGAAAAAUGAUAACUAUCCUGAUGAUGGAUUGAGUGACGGUGAUCACGAAACAUUACCAAAUAUUACAAAUACAGAUGUGGAACAGUAUUGCAGUAAAGACCUUGAAAUACAGUGCAGAGAUAAAGAAACUCAAAAAACAGCAGAAGAGGCAGAUCAAAAAGUUACAUGCAAUGUUAGUGUUGGCCUGAUCUGUAAUAACAAUGAGCAGGAUCUAGUACCAAAAUGUUAUGACUAUGAAAUACGUGUUGGGUGUUGUGUUUGUCCAACAACUCCCUCACCUACCCCUACUACUACUCCUACUACUACCACUACUACUCCUUCCACUACCCCUACUACUACACCUACCACUACCACUUCCAUUACCCCUACUACUACUCCUACCACUACCACUACUCCUACCACUACUACUACUCCUACCACUACCAUUACUUCUACCACUACUCCUACUCCUUCCACUACCCCUACUACUACACCUACCACUACUACUACUCUGACCACUACUACUACUCCUAUUAACCUCUCUACUACUACACCUACCACUACCACUACUCCUACCACUACUACUACUACUCCUACUACUACUCCUACCUCUACUUCAACCACAACAACUUGCUCUGAUCUCAAAUGUUAUUGGACAAAAUGGAAAAAUGAUAACUAUCCUGAUGAUGGAUUGAGUGACGGUGAUCACGAAACAUUACCAAAUAUUACAAAUACAGAUGUGGAACAGUAUUGCAGUAAAGACCUUGAAAUACAGUGCAGAGAUAAAGAAACUCAAAAAACAGCAGAAGAGGCAGAUCAAAAAGUUACAUGCAAUGUUAGUGUUGGCCUGAUCUGUAAUAACAAUGAGCAGGAUCUAGUACCAAAAUGUUAUGACUAUGAAAUACGUGUUGGGUGUUGUGUUUGUCCAACAACUCCCUCACCUACCCCUACUACUACUCCUACUACUACCACUACUACUCCUUCCACUACCCCUACUACUACACCUACCACUACCACUUCCAUUACCCCUACUACUACUCCUACCACUACCACUACUCCUACCACUACUACUACUCCUACCACUACCAUUACUUCUACCACUACUCCUACUCCUUCCACUACCCCUACUACUACACCUACCACUACUACUACUCUGACCACUACUACUACUCCUAUUACUACCUCUACUACUACACCUACCACUACCACUACUCCUACCACUACUACUACUACUCCUACUACUACUCCUACCUCUACUCCUACCACUACUACUACUCCUACCACUACUCCUACCACUACUUUCUACCGUCUCAACCACAACAACUUGCUGACGGUGAUCACGAAAACAUUACCAAAUAUUACAAAUACAGAUGUGGAACAGUAUUGCAGUAAAGACCUUGAAAUACAGUGCAGAGAUAAAGAAACUCAAAAAACAGCAGAAGAGGCAGAUCAAAAAGUUACAUGCAAUGUUAGUGUUGGCCUGAUCUGUAAUAACAAUGAGCAGGAUCUAGUACCAAAAUGUUAUGACUAUGAAAUACGUGUUGGGUGUUGUGUUUGUCCAACAACUCCCUCACCUACCCCUACUACUACUCCUACUACUACCACUACUACUCCUUCCACUACCCCUACUACUACACCUACCACUACCACUUCCAUUACCCCUACUACUACUCCUACCACUACCACUACUCCUACCACUACUACUACUCCUACCACUACCAUUACUUCUACCACUACUCCUACUCCUUCCACUACCCCUACUACUACACCUACCACUACUACUACUCUGACCACUACUACUACUCCUAUUACUACCUCUACUACUACACCUACCACUACCACUACUCCUACCACUACUACUACUACUCCUACUACUACUCCUACCUCUACUCCUACCACUACUACUACUCCUACCACUACUCCUACCACUACUUCUACCGUCUCAACCACAACAACUUGCUCUGAUCUCAAAUGUUAUUGGACAAAAUGGAAAAAUGAUAACUAUCCUGAUGAUGGAUUGAGUGACGGUGAUCACGAAACAUUACCAAAUAUUACAAAUACAGAUGUGGAACAGUAUUGCAGUAAAGACCUUGAAAUACAGUGCAGAGAUAAAGAAACUCAAAAAACAGCAGAAGAGGCAGAUCAAAAAGUUACAUGCAAUGUUAGUGUUGGCCUGAUCUGUAAUAACAAUGAGCAGGAUCUAGUACCAAAAUGUUAUGACUAUGAAAUACGUGUUGGGUGUUGUGUUUGUCCAACAACUCCCUCACCUACCCCUACUACUACUCCUACUACUACCACUACUACUCCUUCCACUACCCCUACUACUACACCUACCACUACCACUUCCAUUACCCCUACUACUACUCCUACCACUACCACUACUCCUACCACUACUACUACUCCUACCACUACCAUUACUUCUACCACUACUCCUACUCCUUCCACUACCCCUACUACUACACCUACCACUACUACUACUCUGACCACUACUACUACUCCUAUUACUACCUCUACUACUACACCUACCACUACCACUACUCCUACCACUACUACUACUACUCCUACUACUACUCCUACCUCUACUCCUACCACUACUACUACUCCUACCACUACUCCUACCACUACUUCUACCGUCUCAACCACAAGUCCAACAACUCCCUCACCUACCCCUACUACUACUCCUACUACUACCACUACUACUCCUUCCUCUACCCCUACUACUACACCUACCACUACCACUUCCAUUACCCCUACUACUACUCCUACCACUACCACUACUACUACUCCUACCACUACUACUACUCCUACCACUACCACUACUACUACUCCUACCACUACUACUACUCCUACCACUACCACUACCCCUACGUCUACCACUACCAUUACUUCUACCCCUACUCCUACUCCUUCCACUACCCCUACUACUACAUCUACCCCUACUACUACUCCUACCACUACUACUACUCCUACCACUACCACUACCCCUACAUCUACCACUACCACUACUCCUACCACUACCCCUACUCCUACCAGUACCACUACUCCCUCCACUACUUCUACCUCUACUACUACUACACCAGAAGUUAUUACAGGUACAAAAGCGACACCAGGCCAUCAACAUUCACCUACCACUACUACUACUCCUACCACUACUACUACUCCUACCACUACCACUACUACUACUCCUACCACUACUACUACUCCUACCACUACUACUACUCCUACCACUACCACUACCCCUACGUCUACCACUACCAUUACUUCUACCACUACUCCUACUCCUUCCACCACCCCUACUACUACACUUACCACUACCACUACCACUACUACUACCACUACUACUACUCCUACCCCUACUCCUUCCACUACCACUACUACUACCCCUACCACUACUCCUACCACUACCCCUACCCCUACUCCUACCAGUACCACUACUCCCUCCACUACUUCUACCUCUACCUCUACUACUACUACACCAGAAGUUAUUACAGGUACAAAAGCGACACCAGGCGGUCAACAUUCACCUACCACUACUACUACUCCUACCACAACUCCUACCACUACUACUACUCCUAUUACUACACCUACCACUACCACUACUCCUACCACUACUCCUACCACUACUACUACUCCUACUACUACUCCUACCACUACUCCUACCACUACUUCUACCGUCUCAACCACAACAACUUGCUCUGAUCUCAAAUGUUAUUGGACAAAAUGGAAAAAUGAUAACUAUCCUGCUGAUGAAUUGAGUGACGGUGAUCACGAAACAUUACCAAAUAUUACAAAUACAGAUGUGGAACAGUAUUGCAGUAAAAACCUUGAAAUACAGUGCAGAGAUAAAAAAACUCAAAAAACACCAGAAGAGGCAGAUCAAAAAGUUACAUGCGAUGUUAGUGUUGGCCUGAUCUGUAAUAACAAUGAGCAGGAUCUAAUAGCAAAAUGUUAUGACUAUGAAAUACGUGUUGGGUGUUGUGUUUGUCCAACAACUCCCUCACCUACCCCUACUACUACUCCUACUACUACCACUUCCACUACCCCUACUACUACUCUUACCACUACCACUGCUACUACUCCUACCACUACUACCACUCCUACCACUACCACUACUCCUACAUCUACCACUACCAUUACCUCUACCACUACUCCUACUCCUUCCACUACCCCUACUACUACACCUACCACUACUACUUCUCUGACCACUACUACUACUCCUACUACUACCUCUACUACUACACCUACCACUACCACUACUCCAGCCACUACUCCUCAACAGUCGACUACAACACCAAAAGGAUGUGUCUGCAAAUAUGAUGGCCAAGAAUUCAAACCUGGUCAGUUUAUUAUCAGACAGAACAAUGGCAGCGACUGUUAUGAAGUCUAUUGCAGCAUGGCGUGCACUUUGGAGGAUGUUCCAUGCAUUCAGAAUUGCACAUAUCUAGAUCCACCACGGACGAAUGGUGAAACCUGGAUAUCAGACUGUAUGAUUAACAAAUGUGAAAAUGGCACAACUGUUUCCAAACCUGUGUGUCCGGAUGUCACAAAGCCAACUUGUGCAAAUAAACGAGACCCAGUUAAAGUAUAUGAUAAUGGAGGCUGCUGUUACCAUUAUGAGUGUCGAUGUGUAUGUGUUGGAUGGGGAGACCCACAUUAUGUCACAUUUGAUGGCCAGUAUUACAGCUUUCAGAAAAACUGCACAUAUGUUUUGAUUCAAGAAAUUAUUCCAAAACACAAUUUCACAGUUCUUAUCGACAAUGAAAACUGUGAUGCUUCUGGCGCUGUGACCUGUGCCAAAGCUUUGAUUGUAAAAUACAAAAGCUACAGUAUAACCCUUACAGCAGAGACAUCCUCCAAAUAUCACAAUAUUGUUUAUAUGAAUGGCAAGGAGAUAUUUCCAACCUACACCAAUGCUGAUUUGACCAUCACUAGUACAACUAUUGGACUGCGUCUGGAAAUCCCAGAAAUUCAUGCAGUUGUUAUAUUCAAGUCACUUCAGUUUUAUGUUGAACUGCCAUUUUCUCUUUUUCACCACAACACCGAAGGACAGUGUGGUACUUGUGACAAUAACACCUCGAAUGACUGCCGAUUACCAAAUGGCCAGCUCCGUCCAUGCCCCUCAAUGGCAUAUGAGUGGCGUGUUGAAGAUAUUAAUAAGCCGUACUGUAAGCAUCCAAAACCUCCUACAACAGUUACUCCACCCACUUCUCCUCCACCAUCUCCUCCAUGUGACGUGAUGAUCAGCAAUGUCUUUAAGGAGUGCCACAAAGUAAUCAAGCCAGACGUCUUUUAUGAGGCUUGUAAAUUUGAUGUUUAUUACACGAAAAAUUCAACAGGAUGUGCCAGUCUUGAGGCAUAUGCAUCUUUAUGUGCUCAAAAGUCUGUUUGUGUGUCUUGGAGAAGUGCCACAGAUGGACUUUGUGACUUUGACUGUCCUUCAAACCUAAUCUAUAAGCCGUGUGGUCCAGCUGUUGUUGAAACAUGCAAUGCAAAAUACAAUGAUAAAUACAUAACCAAAUGUCAGUCCAAAAAACCUUCAGACAACGAUGAAUGUCAGUCCUUCAUGGAGGGUUGCUACUGCCCGGAUGGGCUGAUACGGUUUAGCUCAAACUAUGACCGCUGUGUAUCUGCCUGUUGCACUGGCCCUGAUGGUUUGCCUAAAGAGCUGGGUGAGAAAUGGCAAAGUGGAUGUCAGGAGUGUGUUUGUGACCAGGACACAAUGAGUGUCCAAUGCAAACCUCGUCCCUGUCCCAUUCCAAAAUUCGUUCGCUGUGACAAAGAGGGUCAAGUGAUGGUGAACUACACUGAAGACUGUUGUCAGAAUUUCAAAUGUGAAUGUGACCGUAAACGUUGUCAUGACAUAAUACCAAUGUGCACGCCAGGAUUUGAGUUGAAGAUACAUGAAUCUAAUGACAGCUGUUGCUCUCAUUUCACCUGCGUUCCAAAGAAUGUUUGUGUGUACAAUGACACAGAGUAUAAGCCAGGUAACAAGUUCUUUAAAGACCAAUGUGAACAGUGCAUCUGUACUGGGAAGAAAAACACAGAAACCAUGCUGAAUGAAUUUCACUGCAAUCAGCCACGAUGCCUAAAAGACUGCCCUGAGGGCCAUCAAUAUGUGCAUGAACCAAAACUAGGACACUGCUGUGGCUCAUGUAAAAAGAUUAACUGUGUUCUAAUAUUAGAAAAGUCCAACUCCACUGUUAUUAUAAAGCCUUCAGAGUCUUGGUCCCCCCCAGAUGACCCCUGCACCAAACAUCACUGUAAAGAAGAGAAUGGAGAGUUGAUUACUCAGCAGACAGUAACUGAGUGUCCCAACUUUGACCCAACAAAGUGUAUUCCUGGGACCGAACAAACUGAUGCUAAUGGAUGUUGUAAAAAAUGCAGAGAGAUUGACUGUGGAGUAAAAAAGACCAAAAAGUUCCUAGAAAAUGGAGACUGCAAGUCAAUUAAUCCUGUAGAGCUCAAUUCCUGUGAAGGAUCUUGUGGAGUCUCCUUCUCUAAGUGAGAUUUCUAAUGUAAUUCAGAGACAAUGUACUCUGCAGUAAGCAACAUGAUGAUGCAUUCAUGCACCUGCUGUCAGGAAAUGGAAACCAGUAAGAUUAAUGUGGAGAUGCAUUGCGCUAACAACACUAUCAUAACACACACCUAUAUUUCGGUGGACAAGUGUGGAUGCCAUAUUUCAGAGUGUAAAGAUGCCUCUACUUAGGAAGAAGGGUUCUUAUUACUUCUUAUAAUGUAAUCAUUUCUCCAUUCAUGUACUGUUUUUCUUUCACAUCCUUGUACAGUUACAAGAACACACACAGCACAGAAAGUAUCAUUCAUUAUUGGUAAUGGUCAUCUGGUCUACAAUUCUAUUAGACAUAGCUCUCUUUUCUUUUCCUUUUGACAGACUCUUAGUGAGUUGUAGUUACUGUGACAUGUUUAGGCUACUAGCUGUCAGUCUUCCUUACAGGUGUCUGAGCAGCAACAGCAGGAGGCGUGGUCAGUCUGAGUGACCUGCCAGGUAAGUUAGGCUGAGCAAUCACAAUCAACUUGGAUGUUUGGUAUACGCACCAAGACUGAUAUUUCUGAGGAUGACUGCAGCUAGCAGCCAAAACAUGUCAUGUUAUCUCAACCCAAUGUCUGCCUAAAAGGAAAAAAAUAAUAAUAAUAAAAAAAAUAAAAAAUAACCUCUGUCUGAGAUUGAAGUGAGCAACUGAAAUAUCAAUAUUGUUAUGAGAGUUUCUUUGAAGGUAUGCAAAAUUUGAAUAUUGAGAGUAUAUCAUUUAUAGUUAAAUAAAAUGCUACAAAAAGCUGAUAAACUAUAUAAAUGAAGUAAUACCUGUAAUUUGUUCGUAGUUUUAAAGUCAUUUAACAUGUUUUUUGUUUGAAGAUGAUUGAGAUAUUCCAAAAAAAUCUAUAUGGUAGAGAUAUUUAUUUUUGUCAGUAUUGUCCACCUCUAGUUAAAGCAGCAUUCAAUGUUGCCUGAUGCAUCCAUCUUACAGAGUUGUUUGAAUGAUGAAACGAAUAACUGCCAGAUGUGUACUUUGUACUUGUACCAUGCAUAUGAAAAUUGUAUUACUGUAAGCUGUUCCUUUACCACUCUUUAUCUUCUUUUGUAUUCUGAAUAUCUACAAAAAUGUGAUUAAAAGUUUUUUUUGCAUUUGAA